CGGGGGUCCGACCAAUGAGAUCAAACAUGCUUUAGUUUUCAGAUCUCGCGAUAGCUUCGUUUUGUGACGCCAUUUCCUGUGUGCUCCGUGAUUUUUUUCAAACAGCCCAAUGAACGGAGUCGGCCGGUUGCUUUUGCUCGAACAACCCAAUCAGAAGAGUUUGUUGUACGAAUUUAAAGGUCUGUGUGGCAUUUUCCGUGAAUCACAAUCCCUGCUCGAGGUUGAAGAAAUUCCUUUUUAAGUUUCCACUGUUGUCCAGCUCCAGCACUUCUUGAAAAUGUCCGAGAACGUCGCCCGCCUGAACAAGUUCAAGAACAAAGGCAAAGACAACCAUGAGCUCCGACGCAGGCGCGUGGAGGUUAACGUCGAGCUCCGGAAGGCGAAGAAAGAUGACCAGAUUUUCAAAAGGAGAAACGUGGAUCUGUCGCCCGACGAGGCCACUUCCCCUCUCCAAGAGAGAAACCAGAAUUCCCAGGCUAUGCGUCAGUGGACAGUGGAGGAGAUUGUUGCAGGAGUGACCAGCGGUAACCAGGAGUCCCAGCUCCAGGCCACGCAGGCCGCAAGGAAGCUGCUGUCUCGGGACAAACACCCCCCCAUUGACCAACUCAUCGGUGCUGGCCUGAUCCCCAAGUUUGUGUCCUUCCUGGGAUGGGCGGACUGCCCGCCGAUCCAGUUCGAGGCGUCCUGGGCUCUGACAAACAUUGCCUCCGGGACGUCCGAUCAGACGGCGGCGGUUGUGGCGGGCGGUGCUGUUCCAGCUUUUAUCGAGCUGGUCUUAUCUCCUCACCAGCACAUCAGUGAACAGGCAAUCUGGGCCCUUGGAAACAUUGCUGGUGAUGGCUCAGCUCUCAGAGACAAAGUUAUCAAACAUGGAGCUGUGGCCCCUCUUCUCAGUCUGCUGGCACUCCCAGAUCUGACUGCUUUUAGUCCCGGCUAUCUGAGAAACGUGACAUGGACCCUGUCCAACCUCUGCCGUAACAAGAACCCCUCCCCUCCGAUGACCGCCAUCCAGCAGAUGCUGCCCGCGCUCAUUCGCCUCCUUCACCACGACGACGUGGAGGUGUUGGCCGACGCCUGCUGGGCUGUGUCUUACCUCACGGACGGCCCCAACGACCGCAUUGAGGUGGUGGUCCAGACCGGUUUGAUCCCGCGACUGGUCAAGCUGCUCGGCUUUGAGGAGCUGCCCAUCGUGACCCCGGCGCUGCGGGCCAUCGGCAACAUUGUGACCGGCACAGACGAGCAGACCCAGGCCGUGCUGGACGCCGGGGCCCUGUCCAUGUUCCCCCGACUGCUGCGCCACAAAAAGGCCAACAUUCAGAAGGAGGCAGCCUGGACUCUGUCCAACAUCACGGCGGGGAAGGACUCUCAGAUCCAGGCUGUCAUCGACGCAGGCCUGGUUCCGCACUUGGUCGACAUACUCGCCCGGGGUGACUACAAAACUCAGAAAGAGGCUGUCUGGGCAGUUACAAACUACACCAGUGGGGGCACCGUUCAGCAGGUGGUCUACCUUGUGCAGGCCAAUAUCCUUGUGCCUCUUCUGGGUCUGCUGGCCUCCAAGGACAGCAAAACUGUCCUGGUCAUCUUGGAUGCAAUCACCAACAUCUUUUUGGCUGGUGAUAAGAUUGGGGAGUCGGACAAGCUGAGUUUGAUGAUUGAGGAAUGCGGAGGGCUGGAUAAGAUCGAGGAGCUGCAGUCUCACGAGAACGAGAUGGUCUACAAAGCUGCCCUGAACCUGAUUGAGAAGUACUUUUCCGAUGAGGAGGAGGUUGUGCAGUGUGUGGCCCCCGAAUCAACCGAUGACGGUUAUGCUUUCCAGAUCAGUGAAAACCAGAGCACUUUCAAUUUCUAGAUGACUUUCUCCUCCUGUCUGUACUGUAACCUCAUUGAUACUGUUUGUCCCUUAUUCAUGUGGUUUUGUAUGUACUGUACAUACUGUUUUAACAUUGAGAAAUCUUUGUAAAUAAAGUUGCUGUUGUAUCAUG